GACCCGCCGCCACCAGUCCCCGAGUCGCAGCCGCCUCCCUGUGCGCCAACUCCCCCGCUUAAUAUACUGGUCGUGGCGUCACAUGGUAUGGAAUAUCCCAUGGCCAGUUGGGGCCAGCUGUCUGGGCUGUGGCCGCGGCCCUCGCGGCCCCUUGCCCACCUGGCAGAGCACGGGAAGCUGGAACGGUGCCCGACUACUACAGGCGCUACUUCGGGACGCUGAGCCGCUACUUAACAGCAACUACAGCAUCAGUGCGCCACCGGCACUUCACCAGCUACAGUGGAGAGAAUUCACUCCAUCCCAGCCCAAGCCAGCGCAGACUCCAGAACAGGUUGCCCAGAGACGCUGUGGAUGCCCCAUCCCUGGAAAUGUUCCAGGGCAGGUUGGGCAGGGCUCUGAGCAACCUGGUCCAGUUGAAGAUGUCCCUGCCCAUGGCAGGGAUCGGGACGUAUUUCUGUGGGAGGCGGGCAGGGUGCAAGAGGAAGCCCAUCGACCGCAGAGCCAGGUUCCAGGCCUCUAGCCAAAGGGGGAGCGCCAGUGCUGGGCAGUGCUGCCCGUGCGUCGCGGUUUAGCCCCAUCAGCAACUCCGCACCACGCAGCUGCUCGCUCACUCCCCCCACCCCAGCGGGAUGGGGGAGAGGAUCGGAAGAGCAAAAGUAAGAAAACUCAUGGGUUGAGGUAAGAAUUUAAAAAAGAGUUUAAUAAUUAAAACAAACCAGUCGUAGGUAUAGUAAUAAUAACAGUAAUGAUAUGUUGAGAAGGAAAACAACAAGAGAGGGAGAGAGAGGCGACACCUGGGGAGGGGGAAAAGCCAAACAAACAGCAAGCGAUGCGACCGCUCACCACCCGCCCACUGACGCCACCAGUGCCCGAGACGCGAUCGCUGCUUCCCCGGCCAACUCCCCCCAGUUAAUAUACUGGGCGUGACGUCACGUGAUACGGAAAUAUCCCUUUGGCCAUUUUGGAGCCACUACCUUGGCUGUGCCCCCUCCCCUCCCCCCGUGGCUUGUUGUGCCCCUGGCAGGGCCUGGGAAGCUGGAGGAGCCCAUGACUAGCGUUCGCACCGCUUGGCAGCAACUAAAACAUCAGUGUGUUAUCAGCAUUAUUCUCAUCCUAAAUGCAAAACGCAGCACUGUACCAGCUCCAGUGAAGGAAAUCAACUCCCUCCCAGCCAAAACCGUAACCCCGUGGCAGGGGAAGCACGCAGAGGGGCCAGAGGCUGCAGCCAGAACCAGUGCCGGGGUGGCGCGUGAUUCCCCCCGCAGGAGCUCUGCGCCCAGGGGGGCAGAGGAGGAAAGGGCUGGGGUGGCCGCUGAGGACCAGCAGCACUCAGAAAGCCCCAGGCAACACGAGCUGCCCAGCGAGGACCUGGGCUCUGCCAGCCCCCCCCCAAACGCGGAGGAGGAGGAGGAGGAGGAGGAGAAGAGCCCCAGUCAGGAGACCCCCUCCACAAGUGCAGCUGCUACUGCCCCCAGCUGCCAGCUGGAGGGCGAUGAGGAGGAAGCCCACGACUACUUCUUGGCCUUCCUUAACAGCACCGAAAGGGUAACCGCAGCCUUCGGCGGCAAGGCUCUGCCUGCAGCUCCCAGCUGGGCGCUGCCGUACAGCUCCGCUGCCUGCGCGCGGGCUCUUGGAGGGCUGCUGCCCGUGCAGAGCUGCUCGCCUCCCGGCCCCCUGCACCACCACUGCAGCGCCUCGAGCCCCUGCUCCUGCUGGCCGUGCCUCUGCCCCCUCACCCUCCCUCCCUCCCUCUCUCUCUCUUUUCUCCCGGACUGUCAGGAAGAGGCCUCCAAGCUGAGGGUGCUGGCCUCCAUCUGCACGCUCUGCAGAGCCUGGCUGCAGGGCAGGUACCUGCCUAGUUUCAGAGCAGCAUGUGAGCUGGUGGAGAAAAUGGAGGUCCUCCGGCUAAAGGAGUUCCCUCCCAGCAUGGACGCCGCGAUACGGCAGCAAGCUGUGCUUGUCAUCGCUGCAGUGAGCAAAAAUACGCAAGGCCUGCGGGACCAGCCCGUCUGCCACUGCGCCUCCGGCAGCUUCCAUCUUCUUUCAGCAGAGAACACAGAGCACGACCGUGAUUCACUCGAUGCUCAGAUCCUGAAGACCCUGGACAGCAUGCUCAUGGUGCUGAUGCACAGGGCUUCGCCGAGGACCACCACCAUGAUAGUGGAGAAACUCCUGCAGGCCCUGGUGCCCUUCACAGCCAGCCAGGAUGUGGCUACGCGCCGGAGCGCUGUGAGGAGGAUUGUCAGCCUGAGCCGGUGCAUGAGGCCCGCUUCGAUGCUGGAGGCCUCGCGCUUCACAGCAGGCACCACCCUCCUCUUCAAACUCAGGACCCUGCCAUUCCUGGGGCAGGUGAUGGGGCACCUCACCCUGUCCUGUGCCGAGCAGGACCAGGAGAUCAGCCGCGGAGCUGUGGAGGCGCUGCGUGCCUUCCACCGCUUCAUUCUGCUGCGACACAGCAGCAAGGCAGCAUGGGAGGAUCCAAACCUGCCAGCGGAGCGGGAAAGCGCUACCACCCUGGGGCCCAAGGAGUCCGCUGACGAGGCGACGAUAUUUGGGAACUUCCUCUUCCAGACUGAGAGGACUGACUUCAUCCUCACAGUCUUGAAAGGCAUGGUGCACCCAAGAGUGUCUGACACCCAGCCGAUCGCCAACAUGCUGGAGGUGGUCUUGAGGGACCCCAGCUCGGAGCUGGCCAAGGUGGGUGAGGUCGUGCAGACCAUCCAUGGGCAGCUGGCGUACGUCAGCCAGCAGCCGCUCAAGGACAUCCUGAGGAGGACCCUUCUCCGGCUGGCCCAGUUGUACCCUUGGGAGGUGACCACUGGCCUCCUGCACGCUUCCCCGCACUGUGACAGCACCGCCAGGGCCAUGUGGAGCAUGUUGGCCUCUGACCGCUUCCUCGCGGAGACCGUGCUGAAGCAGCUCCUGCUGGCCCAGGAAGAGGGUGCCAGCUUGCACGUGUUUGAGGCAGAAUGCUGCUGCUGCUGCUGUUUCCUGGCUGUAGCCGGUGCCAUGAGCGAGAUCUUCCAGGAGCCCGCCUGCCGAUGCCGCGUGCUGUUCCUUUUAGCUGAGCUCUUCAUGGCAGUGGUGGUCCAGAUCUCCUUCAGCCUGAAGAGCUCACGGCAGGGCUGCUGCAGGCCUGGCAGUCACAGCUGGGAGGCCAACCAUCCUACAGACCUCUGCCUCAGGCACGCGCUGAGCGGCAUGCAAGGUCUCUUCCAGUGCCUGGGCGGUGCCUCCCUGCUUGAAGACAUCGGGAGGCAGGGUGCCUGGGACAUGCUCAUGAGCCCCGAGACCUACCACACCGGUAUCGCCUUGCUGACUAGGGUGCUGCGGCGUGAAGUACCAGACUGCUGCGCCUCCAUAUGGGAGAGGGCGGCCGUAGGCCUCCUCCAGAGGCAGGACUACCUGGACGUCGGUGCCAUGACUGUCUUCGUUGAGCUCCUAGACUGCACUGACUUUGAGGACAUCUCUGACCACGUCCUGUACGUCGUCCACAUCCACCUGCGGAGCAAGAACUUGGUGCUGCGCAGGAUGGCAGUCACGAGCCUCGUCACACUGUCUGGGAGACCCGAGCAGGCAGCGACUCUGCAAUACCUGCUGCCGCGGGUCUCACAGCAGCUGCGGGAUGACGACUGUGAGGUCAGGACGGCGGCCCUGACUGUCCUCAGCAACGUGCUCUGCCUGGUGGACAGGCAGACGGCUCUCACCAUCGCUCUGCAGCUGGUUGAGAUGCUCCUGCCACUCUUUGAAAACGAGUCCAGCUACGUGCGAAAGCACUCCAUCCUCCUCUGCAGAGACGCCAUGAAGGUUGCAGUCAGAACCCACAAAAAGCAGCUGCGGAAGGACGUGCAAAGGAGCCUGGUGCCCCUCUUCUUCCACCUGCACGACAGUGACCACAGCGUGGCUCAGGCAUCUCAGGAAGCCCUCCUUGGAGCUGCCGAGUUCCUCAAGUGGGGGCAGCUCAGGAAGCUGAUGCAGAUGGAGCAGACGUACCAGGUUGGCGAGUGCCUGCUCACGCAGAACAGCAGAAGAGCAGAGGAGUACCUGCACCAGAGCCUGCCGUAUCUGCAGAGCCCACAGGAGGCCUUGCGUGAGGCGGCCAUCAGGUUCCUUGGUCUCGCUGGACAGCAGCUGAGGGAUGGGUGCCAGGAGAAGCUCCAGGUCAUCUACGAGGCCCUUCAAGGCACGGUGAAUGACCGCAGCCUCUCGGUCGCUUCCCUGGCAUCUCAAACCCUGCUGAUCCUGGGCGCUGCAGCACCAGAGCCUCCCUCCGGAUUCCGCCUGCAAGCACUGUGCUACCGGCUCCGGAGGGCGUGGAGGAGGAGGAGGAGGACCCCUGCCCUGGGAGCCGGCUGCCUGUGCUGCUGGAACUGGGUGCAGCGCUGAUCCCCGUGUGCUCUGCACACUGGCACCACCUGAGCAGCUGGGCCUGUCCCCUCGCCAGCAGCUUCUGCCGCGCUCCCAUUUCAUGGGGAGGGGCACGACUGGGCCGUGGCCCAUGGCUCCAGUGUGUUCGCUGGCCGGGAAGCCUCAAGAAGCAGCCAGGUGCUGCGGCAGGGCAGCGAGAGGAACGCUUUGGAACGCGGCCCAGGAAGGAAAGGGGCAUCGUGCAGGCUGGAAGCAGAGGCCUUCGCACAGCUGGCCUGCCUGUGUCCCCCAGCCGUUGAUAAAAGGAGUGUGGAACUUCCUGUGCUCUUUGAGUCCUUCUUUCCCAUCCCU